UUCGCAGCACUCAGCGUAAGCGUGAUCUCCUGAUCUGGUGACGCGCAUUACGACGGAGGUCAAUAUUGAGAGCAUUGCAAUGGAAACCUCGUUCUCUGCCAGAUGUUUAGUUGGUGCUCUGUUGCUUACUUUAUCUUGCGUGGCUCAAGGUGUAUAUUCUAAUAAUCUGAUCAAGUUUAUUGUCUAUUUCUUCUCCAGAGAUUCUCCAUGCUCCCGAGAGUACAACUAUCUUUCUAAACCAAUCAGCAGUUUUUACAUGUGAGACAAAUGGUGGUAUAACAUCAUGGAGAGUCAAUGGAACUCAGCGAGAAAUCCUUUUACCUGAAAUACGUAGUGAUCUAGUUGUCUCAGAGAGCACUACUCCUGAAGGCACUACAGUGCACACUCUGACCAUCCUAGCCAGAGCCCAGUACAAUGGAACUAGAGUUCAGUGUGUUUCAGGGAUAUUUGGUGGCCCGUUAGUGGAGGGUGACAAUGCCACAUUGACCAUUCAAGGUCCACUGUCAGCAGUAGCUGGUCUGAGUGUCAUCAGCAAUGCCAGCUCAGUGACCAUCUCGUGGAGUGCUCCAUUAUCUCUGAAUGUGACUGGUGUUGAUCCUGAUAUCUGGUACUCUGUCCUCAUCUACAAUGUGACAGAUGAGAACUACCCAACAGCCAUCCUCUGUACUGACUGUAUCAAUAUCACCGAGACACACUACACCUUCACUCCUGACUACCUCAGUCCUUGCCAUGUGUACAACUUCUCUGUCAUCCCUCUCAAUGGAGCUGGCCAGGGAGAGAGCAGUCCCAACAUUACUAUUGCCUACUUUCACCAGAAGUCAUAUCAAAGCUGUUUGUGAUGCUGCUGAAGUUACUUAUGAACACACUGAGAGGAUAAACGUGUACAUUCUUCAUGGAGUGUCUGAUAUGGACGUAAAAAAUAUUUCUUUGUCCUCAAACCGUCGAGUUUCAACAUACACACUCUCAGCAAACAAAAACUUUAGCAUAUUCUUUGAAGUGUUCACAGCUGCUGGACCUGUGAAUGUAUCCCAUGACACAUUCACAACCUAUGAUGUCCAGAGUCUGUCAGUGGAAGAGGAAGGAGGAGGAGUGUUAGUGAGAGGGGAGUUCAUGCGUGGCUCACGAGCUGCAGGAUGUCUGGUGGUCCUCCAGGGACCUCCCUCCUCUCCUGACAUGUUCAGAGCUCUCCUGAGAACCCAGUCUCAGGACACUGUCUCCACUGUACCUGUCCCUCCCUCCACUUACACUGUGUAUGGAUAUGACCUGGAGGAGAAUGGACUACCCAACACCAUGCCUGCUGUGGUAUUGGAGAAUCAGAUAUUGGUUAACUCAGAUGCAGACUCAGUUAAACCUUCCAUCUAUUUGAAGGGUGCCAGCAUAUCCCGAAGAGGAUCAACUGUAGUGAUAGACUGUGAAUUCUCAGAGGUCUAUCCCGAGGCCUCAUGUGUCCUGGUCUACAGAGAGUAUGGCAGUCCUCUCCUGACAGUAGUGGACAUUCCCCAACUCUUUGAUUUCCCUGUCUCUAUCACUGUGGACAGCAGCCCUGAGAAUUAUACCUUUGCACUGUUUUGGAAAAAUGGUGCUAUGAGUUUGGAUGAAGAGCCACUGGUGUAUACUAAAUUCAGUGACUCAGUUGUUGCCAUAUCCAUUGGUGGGUUUAUACAGCACCAAAGCUAAACCAGCAAUAUAUAUCCUCCUGCAGGCACAGUAGUGAUGUGUGUUCUAGUAUGUGGCUCAGCAGUGGUAGUCCUGGUGAUGAUCAGACGGUAUCAUAACCACAGCAAGUUCACCCAUGCAUCUGAUGCAGCAGGUCUCCAGACCAGAAAUGUGGUGUAUGAGAGGUGGUUCUUCCCCCAACCACCACCCCAUCCUCUGUUAUUCCAACUGAACCCAACACAGCCUAUGUCACCGCCACAAUACCUACUGACCAGAAUGUGGCUUAUGCUGUGCAUUCUUCCAAUACAUAAUAAUGUAAUUACUUUUCUUAAGACUAGAAAGUGGCUUAUUCAUAAUGUGUAAUUUAUACGUUGGCACAGAGGGCCAAAAAAUUAUGUACAUACACCUUGAAUGUGGCUGUGGGUUAGUACAUUAACAGUGUACUCCAGAUAUUAUUGCGUGUUUAGAUAAUAGGAAAGAUGGUAUUCAAAUUGAGCUGUGUCACAUACCGCAACGAACAUAAUAUGCCAACAAUG